AUGUCUGUGAGGAUCCCAGUACUGAAAGAAGCUGUUGUUCCUGUCUAUGUGCAGUUCUCCAGGGACAAGUACAUAAUGGAGGGCCCGCCGGAGAAACUACGCAAAGAGUUGGAGGAAGAGCUGAAAAUGGCCAGUGAGGAGCCAUGCAGCCACGCCUGGUACCAUGGAGCCAUUCCCAGACAGGUGGCAGAGAACCUGAUCCAGAGAGACGGGGACUUCCUGAUCCGGGACUCUCUGUCCAGCCCUGGGAACUACGUCCUGACCUGCCAGUGGAAGAACAGCCCGCAGCAUUUCAAGAUCAAUAAGAUUGUGGUGGCCAUGAACGAGGCCUACUCUCGGGUGCAGUACCUGUUUGAGAAGGAGGGCUUCGACAGCGUGCCUGCCCUGGUGCGCUACUACGUUGGCAACAGGAAGCCAGUGACGGAGGUGGUGGGAGCCAUCAUCUUCCAGCCCAUCAACAGGGCCUUACCCCUGCGCUGUCUAGAGGAGAAGUAUGGGGUGGCCUGUGUCCGUGUAGAGACCGGUCUGACCCUGCCCGAGAGGAAGAGCCAGACCUCCAAACGUCUGAGCCUCAACAUCAUGAACGGACACACCCAGGACCAAAGCCUUGGACGGGGGAACCUGCUUAGGAACAAAGACAAGUGUGGAAGCCAGCCUGCGUGUCUGAACCACGUUCAGGAGAGACGGUGGCCUCUCAAAACCCACCAGUCAGAGAGCUUUCUUCCUAUAGGCUCCAGGCCCCAGCCCCAGUCCCAGCUGAUGGAGCAUCAGCCUAGGUCCCAGUUUCCAGUGUUCAGGACGGGCAGUGAGCCGGCCCUCAGUCCCACUGUGCCAAGGAGGAUGGCCUUUGAGACCCAGGCCGGAGAGGCCAUCCGGGGCUCAGAAAGCCAGCUCUGCCCCAAGCCGCCCCCCAAGCCCAGCAAGGUGCCCACCAUGAGGAUACCCCACUCCCCACACCUGCAGCCCCUGGCCCCUCUGGCCAGCCCAGACCCAGGUCCCCCUGUUCCCCCACUGAAGCCCAAGAAGCAGCAUCUGAUCCAGGCUCUCCAGUCUCCCCUGCCCCGCAGCCCGGAGGUGAACUACUUUGAGCUGAGCCCCUGCAGCCCAGCGGAGUGGGACAGGCUCCAGGCUCCAGACUUGGGCCCCCAGCCUAACAACAACAACAAUAUCAACAGCUACGUAGAGAGGCUGAGGACAGAGGAGAGUGAGAGGAGCAGCCAUGGCUCCAAAUUGGACCGCAGCUCCUACCACCAUGCCAUCGAAGCACUGGAAAAUGGCAGCGAAGAGGAGGAGGUGGAACAAGAAAGGAAAGGAGAGAUGGAUGAGAUAGAGGAGAAAGAGAGGAGCUUUCGGCGGCCGGUGUUGGAGACGGCGUCUACGUUCCGGCCGGGGGAGUUUGAAUCCAGGCUACUGCCUGCAGAGAACAAACCCCUGGAGAUGAGUGUGCUGAAGAGAGCCAAAGAACUGCUCGUUCAGAAAGACCACCACAUCAUUGCCAAGCACAUCCUCAUGGCAGACUGCCAGGUUGCUAGGAUACUUGGCGUCUCUGAGGAGGUGAAAGGUCAAAUGGGUGUGUCCUCUGGUCUGGAGCUGGUGACCUUACCCCACGGCAGGCAGCUGCGUCGAGACCUGAUGGAAAGGCACCACACCAUGGCCAUCGGGGUUGCCGUGGACAUCCUGGGCUGCACAGGAAGUCUGGAGGAGCGAACCGCCACGCUGAACCGCAUUAUCAUGGUGGCUCUAGAACUGAAGGACUCCAUGGGGGACCUGUACGCCUUCUCCUCCAUCAUGAAAGCACUGGACAUGCCUCAGAUCACACGAUUAGACCACACCUGGACCAUGCUGAGGAGGAAAUACACUCAGACUGCCAUCAUAUAUGAGAAGUCUCUCAAGCCCUUUUACAAGGGGCUGUAUGAAGGAACAGUGGACAUGCCCCUGACUGGCACCACGGUGCCCCUACUAAUGCCCCUGCUCAUCUUGAUGGAGCGCCCGGCGGUGGCGUUCGAGGGCAUGGAACUGUGGGAGAGCAACGACCAGGGCUGUGAGAUCAUGCUACGUCACCUAGAGGAGGCCCGCAGCGUGGCACACAAUGCUGACUCAUACACCGCCACCACUGAACACGUCCUGAAAGACUUCCAGGCUGACGAGGACCUGCUGGAGAUCUUUAAAACAGACUUUCAGCUGCGUCUGCUGUGGGGCAGCAGAGGGGCGGCCGUCAACCAGACGGAGAGAUACGACAAGUUCACACUCAUCCUAACUGCUUUGUCCAGAAAGCUGGAGCCAGCGGUCAAACACACAGAACUCUAACCCGAGCCUGUAGUAAACAGACUGUAUUAGUGAACACUGGUGUGUUGUAAAAGGACAUUCAGGCUGGUUAAGAGAGAGGACAAACUGUGCCCCGUAUUGACUGGGGAUGAAGAAGAUGGUUGCAUAGCGAGACUACUGUGAUUUCCCAACUUGUCCAAUGGAGGGAGUGUCUGAGAUCCAGUUGGAACUCUUCCCUGGCAUUGGCAGGAUACUGAGUGUGUUCUUAUGAAGGGGAAAUAUUUCCCUCAGUAACGCAGGAGGGGGGAUAGCCUGGUCCUAGAUCUGUUUGUGCUCCUGCCUACUCCAUUGCUGUCAUUGUCAAGCCAAUGGAAUGACAAUGAGUGAAAGGGAGUUGGCAUGAUAGCAAAAACAGAUUUGCACCAUAUACACUGAGUGUACAAAACAUUAGGAACACCUGCUCUUUCAAUGACAUAGACGGACCAUGUGAAUCCA